AUGUCGAGUACAACACAAUGGGAAAACAUCUACCAUGGUCUCGACACCACGCCGGGCAAACUCAGAAUGUCGCAAGGCGGUCUCGGUUGGAAACCCUCGGUAGGUGAAGGUAGCACGAUAACCAUUCCCGCUGAUCAGAUGGCUUCGUUCCAGUGGAUCCGCGUUGCAAGAAACUACCAACUUGCAAUCUAUCUCAACAAGGACCGAGACGCUCCUUCUUCAGCACAGACCAACCCUCGUCGCACCAACUUUGAUGGCUUUGUCCGCGAUGACUUUGAUCGUCUCUCCUCGCACAUUCGACAAUACUUUAACAAACCGCUCGAAGCAAAAGAGGUCUCGACAAGAGGUUGGAAUUGGGGCCAGGCCAAGAUUAGCAAUCACGAUGUACAGUUCUUGGUGCGAGACAAGCUGGCAUUCGAACUGCCCCUUUCGCAUCUCGCCAACAGCAACAUUGCAAAGACAGAGGUAUCCAUGGAGUUUCUCAACCCCGAACAGCAGCAGCCUGGUGCCAACACCGGUACAUCCGACGUCAACGGCACCAAAUCAAGGCGCAGCAAGGGCGAUCAGCUGGUCGAGAUGCGUCUCUACGUUCCCGGUCAAGCCAUCAAGGACGAUGGCAGCGACGCCGCCAGUGCUCAAGAUGAUGACGUUAACAACGAAGAGACGGCUGCAGAGGCAUUCCACGAGGCACUCAAGUCCAAAGCCGACAUCGGUCAAGUCGCCGGCGACUCGAUCGUCGUCUUCAAAGAGGUGCUUGUGCUCACUCCACGUGGCCGUUAUGACAUUGAUGUGUUCAGCACCUUUAUUCGUCUGCGCGGCAAGACAUACGACUACAAGAUCCUGUAUAGCUCGAUGAACAAGCUCUUCCUCCUACCCAAAGCCGACGAGAUUCAUGUUAUGCUUGUCAUCGGUCUCGACCCGCCCAUUCGUCAAGGUCAGACCCGCUACCCUUACCUCGUCCUUCAGUUCCCACGCGAGGAAGAGAUGGAUGCAGAGCUCAACCUGGACGAGCAGACGAUUCAGGAAAAGUACGACGGCAAGCUCAAGAAGCGUUACGAAGAACCCACUUUCCGCAUCGUCACCAACAUCUUCAAGGUGCUCUCAGGUCAAAAGGUGGCGACGCCUACCGACUUUGAAUCCUCGUCCGGCCAGACCAGCAUCAAGUGCAACGUCAAGGCAGCUGACGGCAACCUCUAUCCGCUCGAAAAGUCACUCCUCUGGGUGUCCAAGCAGCCCGUAUAUGUGCCAUAUUCAGAGAUCCACCAAGCCAUCCUCUCCCGUGUCGGUGGUGCAGUUGCCUCGUCGAAAACGUUCGACCUGCGCGUCGCUACCAAAAGCGGCACCGAGCACACAUUCCAAUCCAUCUCGCGCGAGGAGCUCGACCGUCUCAAGGCUUGGCUCGCUGACCGCAAGGUGAGGAUCAAGAACGAGAUGGCCGAAGAGACCGGUGGCUUGGCGGCAGCCGCCGCUGCUGGCUUGCUCAGUGACGACGAUGAUGAAGAGAUGGGUGCUGCAGGCGGUGCUGACGAGGACGAGGACAGCGAGGAAGAUGCCGAUUUUGCUGCCGAUUCCGACUCGGACGGUGGUUCACCAUCCGAGGCGAGUUCCGAUGAGGGUGAGGGCGGUGGCUAUGAUGACGAAGGAGAUGAGAGGCCGAAAAAGAAAAGGAAGGAUUAG